AUGAGUUGGGUCACCAUUGUUCACCUUACUAUUUAUAACUUGAUAAAAAAUGCACAGAUCGACAAUGAGAGAAAACCUAAGAAGGACAGAAGGGAGCAUUUUUAUUUCAGGUGGAAAGAUGAUGUUUGUGCAUUUAUUGAUGAUUACUGGGAAUAUUUCACACCUGGAAAGCAAAGAUCGAUCACUUGGAAUAAUACAAUUGCUAGCGUUUUAUCAACUCAUAGUACUAUCUUUCUGUCUGGUAUUGAGAAAUUUCACCAGAGUGCUUGGUGGACCUUGCAUGAAAUAGCCCCUCCAACAGGUGAAAAGAAGUCAAAAAUGGUAGGAACCCGGAAACCCAUAGUGAGAAAGUCUUUGAAAAGAUCGAGGCCGUCACCUGCGCCAGCAACAAAAGAAGCAAAGGAAGAUGGCAAAGCAAUAAAGACACGAAGUGUAAAGAGACAUAAAAAGUACAGCAACGAUACAGAGGAUGAUGAUUUGGAUGCAUUCGAUAUGAGUUCUUUAUCGGAACUAUCCUCUGCUGAUGAGCUUCUAUCCGACGAGGAUACCUCAAAAGAAAUUGUAGAAAAGCAAAAGCCUUCAAAACCAAAUGAUGCUGAGUCAAAAAUAGUGGAUGUGCAAAUAACAAGGCAAGCAGCACCAGCCUCGAAAGAGCAACAGGCGUCUGAUACAGCGAAAGCGUCUUUAAAGAAGGGUUCACGCAUAGCGUCCACGUCAACUGUGGUUCCUAAUCUCGAAAGUACAAACAAAAUUACAACUGUCGACGAGUCACGCGAAACUCUGUCUGACAUGCAGACAUCCUCACCAGCAGCCUCUUCGCCCAUCGAUACCCCUCAAGAAUCUAAAAAAAACCAGAUACCAGCAGUUAACACUGAUACCUUAAAACCCACACUACGUGAUAACCAAUCUGCCCAGCCUUCGGUCAAUGUAAAUAGCAAUAAAACCCUCACGUCAAAAGAAGAAUGGCUAUUGCUGCAAAAACUCGAACAUUCGACGAAGAGAUUAACACCAGCUGCUCGUCGAUACAAACGUAAACUCGCGGUUCGUCGCUUGAAACGAAGCGUGGGCAUCAAAUUAUUCGAUAUAGAUCACCACAUGCUUUCUUUGUUACGAAUGCAAAAUCAUAUUUUAGAGCCCAUAUCUACAAAAACAGUUAUUCAGCCCGCCUUCAAUCAGCAUGCUGAAGUAGACCAUCAUGAUGAUCAGCAACAAUUACUGGAUAAGAUCUCUUUCACACCCUAUGCUUCCUCUUUUGCAUCACGUCUUUAUGGUUCCAUUAGACAACGCCAUACCAUCACUCGUGAUGAACCUUGGCUAUCAUCGUGGAACGGUCGAAAAUUGCGGCCAUUUAUACGACGUGAUUUCGAAACAAAGCCGAAACGAAUGCUAUUGUUGGGUCAAAUUAAAGCUUGCAAUGGAAAACCGGUGAAGAAGGGUGAAGCAGAACCUUCAGGUCUCGUCGCGGGUGAUAGUAUUGAUUAUGUAUAUUUUCAAAAGGAGCAUUUGGUUCAAGUGAAUUCACUGUUGUGCCGCUCUUUUUGGGAAGGUAUCGAUGCGUCUGAGUCGUUGUUGUUUCCUGAAUUUAGUAUUGUGGCUUUAUACAAACGGCAUGUCAUUGGAUGUGCUUUUAUGACGCCUGAAGCAUAUAUUACCUAUUUUGCAGUUGAUUCAGGAUGGCGAAACGCUAAUAUUGGGCAAUUCAUGCUGUACCACUUAUUUCAGACAGCCAUUAGUAAAGAUAUCACUCUUCAUGUGUCUGCCAAUAACAAUGCUAUGAUUUUGUACCAAAAAUUUGGAUUUAAACCUGAAGAAUUCAUUGUUAACUUUUACGACAAAUACUAUCCAGCAGACAGUGUAUACAGCAAAAAUGCAUUCUUUUUACGUUUGAGACGAUAG